UCAAAAGCAACAUGCCAAUAAUCUUCCCAUAUACGCGUAAGCCUCGUCCCACUCUCCCACCACUACCGUUGGAAUUCCAAUUUCCAACUACAACUGCCGACGAUCCCUCCUGAAUAAGGAAUCCUUUUCUAUUCAUCAACUUGGUGUCUGGUGAUACUUUUUUUCUCCAGAAUCCUCCAAUCAAUCACAAUUAUUAUUAUUAUUAUUUAUUUUAUUUUUAUUUUUUUUUAUCAAAUCAUCAACACUAACAAGCAAAGAGUAAAUUUUCCUUGCUGGGUCUUUUGCUAAAUUGAAUUUUCUUCCAUUGUGGAAUCUCUUCGCUGUGCAUCUUUGAUCUGUAGCUGUCGAGAAGAGAAAUUGAUGAAUAAAGUGAAGAGUUUGUUGGGGCAAAAGCCAAACCCUCAGCAGUUAUUGAGGGAUUGGCAAAGGCGUUUACGUCAAGAAGGUCGUAAUAUCGAGCGCCAAAUUCGAGAUAUACAAAGAGAGGAGAAGAGUGUACAGAAGGCAAUUAGAGAAGCUGCAAAAAGAAAUGAUAUGGGAUCUGCAAAGGCCCUUGCUAAGGAAGUUGUGAGAUCAAGAAAGACUGUUAAUCGUCUUUAUGAGAAUAAAGCUCAACUAAAUUCAAUAUCAAUGCAUCUUGGAGAAAGUGUUGCUGUUGCUCGCACUGUGGGUCAUUUGCAAAAAAGUGCAGAGGUGAUGAGACUUGUUAAUAACCUCAUGAAAGCUCCACAAAUCGCGGUUAUAAUGCAGGAAUUCAGCAAAGAGAUGACCAAGGCUGGGGUAAUUGAAGAGUUUGUUAACGAGGCUCUUGAUGACGCACUUGAUGUUGAAGACUUAGAAGAGGAGACCGAGGAAGAGGUUGACAAGGUCCUAACAGAAUUGGCGAGCGAGACUGCUGCACAGCUUCCUGUUGCUGCAAGGAAGGUUAAGGCUAAGGUACCCGCUCAGAGGACAACUGUACAGGAUGAGGAACCAAUAGCUGAAGGUGUAGAUGACGAGCAAGAAAUGGAGGAAAUACGAGCACGGUUAGCCAAAGUUAGAUCAUAAGAUGCUAAACCUUAUUAACUUGUACACUAGAUAAACUAGGAGUCCUGUAAAGAGACGAUUAAUCGAUUGCUAGGCUGAACUAGUAUAUUGUAUGAGCAUAACGGCGUGUAACAUUAUUUCAGAUUACUUGAUCUGAACUCGUCUUCUUCGGCUUUCGCUGACAUAGUGAAAUAUAAGUUAAUAGUUUCUCCGAAUCGUUUCUGUCACAUCUAUCUGUGUUAUCUUAUUAAUGUAUACCCUUGUAGUGUAAAACUAAGUUUCAUACUUCUUUCUCUGUUCUAACAUACUCGCACUUGAUUAUGACUGUGACAUGUAGUGUGGAGAAAUGUCACUAUCAAUAGUAAGUAUAAUAGAAGGGGGAAAUAGUAGCUAAAUGAGU